AUGAUGUACCGGAAAGCUUGGCUGUCGUCCAAGAAAUUCUGCACGGACCGACUCGCCAGAUAUUCCGAGAGAUGUGGAGGUGAGGGGGGCCUCGGGACGGCUUACUUGCCUGUACAGGCUCACCAGCUGGGAACGAAGAAUACGGCGAAAUGGCGACAAACCGGUGACAGUGCAGCCGAAAAGCGGCAGAAUGCCAGAAUCUUGAAUCGCGCUCAGACGUCCAACGCGUGCUCGCGCGUCAGGCGCGCUAGUCAACGACAACUCCCAAAUGUUCAACCACUAGUCGCAACCGCAUACAAGAUUGAAUCCCUCCCGACACGGUCUAUGAGAGCCAUCUUCUCACCCCAAACCGCGCAAUGCCUCCCCGAAAGAGCAACGUCUCUACUGCCGCGACGGAACCGAGCCCUGUGCCCAAGGCUGCAUCAAAAGCCAGAGAUGAUGAUGGAUCUGAACCUGCCCAAGUCUAUAGUACAGCGUCUGGCCAAAGGUGUCCUCCCUCCAAACACACAAAUACAAAAAGAUGCACUGCUUGCCAUGUCCAAAAGCGCAACCGUCUUCGUCAGCUACAUUACAUCCUGCGCCAUAGAACACGCCGAGCAAAACGGCAAGAAGACAGUCAACCCCAAGGACGUCUUCGACGCAAUGACGGAGCUAGAAUUCGACUUCUUCCUGCCGCGCCUCGAAGCCGAAGUCACAAAGUUCACAUCAAUACAGGCGGACAAGCGGAAUACCUAUCGUAAAAAGGUACGCGAGGAGAAAAAGGCGGCAACGACGACGACAACCACAACGACUUCUUCGUCCACAUCGGCUGGCCUAUCGACGAUAAACGGCAAUGCGGCUGAUGCAGGAGGCGACAGUCCGCCUGCGGCAAAGAGGGCAAGGCGGUCAAGUGGGGAUGCAGAGGGCCAAGGGUCUGGGACCGAGGACGAGGCCGAUAACGAUGAGACUGUGGAUGUGGAGGAUGAAGAGGUCGAGGACGACGAGAUUGAAGAGGAAAUCGUGGACGAGGGUCUCACGGAAGAUCCGCUCGAAGAGCGCGAAGACAAGGAUGAGGAUGACGACAUGGCCGAUGGCGAUGAAAGCGACUGA